UGAAAGGCACAAAGGGAGGUCACUCUAAAAAUAAUGUCGUUCAAAAUUGCUUUGAUACAACUUGCGGUGUCUGCAACCAAAGCUGACAACUUAAAACGAGCAUCGCAAUUGGUCUCACAUGCAGCAAAGGAAGGAGCUAAACUUGUUUCUCUUCCAGAGUGUUUUAACUCGCCAUAUGGAACCUCUUAUUUUCCAGAAUAUGCCGAAAAAAUUCCAGGAACCUCUUCUCAUUCGUUGGCAAGCAUGGCAAAAGAUAACGACAUUUAUCUGAUCGGAGGAUCCAUUCCCGAGGAAGAAGAUGGUAAACUGUUUAAUACUUGCUGUGUAUUUGAUCCUAAAGGUGAAAUAGUUGCAAAACAUAGGAAAAUCCAUUUAUUUGACAUUGAUGUUCCUGGAAAAAUCAGAUUCCAAGAAUCAGAGACUUUGAGCCCUGGAAACAGUUUUACGAUGUUCGACACGCCUUAUUGCAAAGUAGGCGUCGGAAUAUGCUAUGAUAUACGAUUUCCAGAAUUGGCACAUGUCUAUGCAAAAGAGAAUUGCAAACUUUUGGUUUACCCUGGUGCUUUCAAUAUGACAACUGGCCCUGCUCACUGGGAGUUAUUGCAAAGAGGGCGUGCACUGGAUAAUCAACUAUACGUUGCCACGGUUUCUCCAGCUCGUGACACAGGAGCUAGUUAUGUGGCUUGGGGCCACAGCAGUGUUAUUAACCCUUGGGGGCAAGUUAUAGCAACAACAGAAGAAAAAGAGACUGUUCUGUUUGCUGUUAUUGAUCCAGCCUACGUGAACGAAGUGAGGGAUCAGAUUCCUAUUAGAAAACAGAAACGUGACGACAUGUAUACACUGGACUGGAACAAGAUAUAAAAGAUUUGUCAGUGAAACGCGCAACGAAACUUUUUUUAAUAGAAAAUUUCUUUUAAAGAACUUCGAUUAAUUAUGUAAUUUUUGUAAUCAGUGGCGAAGGGGACGUCUGAAUUAAAGAGGGACAAGCAAUUUU